CCAAAAAUUCCAGAGUUUUGUUUUUAUUUGAUUCGUUGGGGUUUGGGGUUCUAAUAAAAAUAAAAUUCUUUGCGAUAUUAAAAAUCUUUCGAAAACCAUUUGGACGUUUUGUAACAAGGGAUAUCGAAGAGAUAUCGUCCAAAUCACUAUAUAUUUGGUAAUAGUAUUAAACGAAAGCGACGAACCCGGAAGAACUUCAUCGACAAAUUAACCCUGCAUUUUUUAGUAAAUCUAAAAUUAUUAUUCUGUCUUACAAUUUAGAUCUUAUUUGUUACAAAUUCGUGUAGAAUUGUAGCAAGCAAAAAAUCUACUAAAGUCUGCUUUCGCUGGAAAUGAGUUCGACAGCAAGUUGUGAACCCAACAGCAACAUCGUCCUCAGUAAUGGAAAUGUCACUCCGGCAAGGCCAACAGAGGUGGAUCACAUUGUAAACCUGUCGGACAAUCUGAAAAAUUCGCUCUUCCUCAACCCCGAAUAUGCAGACGUCCAUCUCGUGGUUGAGGGAGUGCGGUUCCCAGCUCAUAAAAUUAUCCUCGCCGCAAGAUCCGAAUAUUUCCGUGCGCUUCUCUUUGGUGGGAUGAGGGAGAGUACGCAGGCAGAAGUAGAGCUCAAAGGGGCCUCCACUGCAGCUUUUAAAGUGUUGCUUAAAUACGUCUAUACUGGUAGGCUGUCACUGGGUGACCUUAAAGAAGAUGUCAUCCUCGAUGUCUUGGGAUUGUGUCAUCAAUGGGGUUUUGAAGAUCUCGAAGCCAGUGUUUGUGAAUAUCUUCAAGCUGCUCUACACGUUGGAAAUGUUUGCGCGAUUUUGGAUACAGCCUUAAUUUUCGGACUGCAUUCUCUAGUCAUUACUUGCUGCAUGUUCGGUGACACAAAUGCUGUCACUUUAUUGGAACAUCCGUCGUUCUUUAACCUCUCUCCGGCUGGCGUAACCGAACUGAUUUCAAGAGACUCGUUUUGUGCAAAUGAAGAAAAAAUAUUUGAAUGUGUAGCUGAUUGGGUGCGACAUAACAAAGAUGUUCACGUUGAUGCUGCAGCAGUAUUAAACAAUGUGCGUCUACCACUCAUGAAAAUUGAAACGUUGCUGGAAACUGUCAGGCCGACUGAUCUUGUGAGUCCUGACUCAAUACUUGAUGCUAUUCAGUCUCAGAAGAAAGCUCGAGAUACGGAACUUCGAUACCGUGGAUAUUUAAUGCCUGAAGAAAAUGUCGCCCAUAUGAAACAUGGUGCCACAGUUCUGAAAGGUGAAAUGAGGCAAGCAGUUUUGGAUGGGGAUGUCCAAAAUUAUGACGUUGAAAGGGGGUUCACAAGACAUAUUAUUGACGAAAAUGGCGAAGGUGGUGGUGGAAUUGUUAUCCGCCUUCGACAACAAUGCAUUUUGAAUCAUAUACGAAUGUUACUCUGGGAUCGCGAUCUCAGGUCGUAUUCAUAUUAUAUUGAAGUGUCAAUGGAUCAGGAAGAUUGGGUACGAGUUUGCGAUCAUACAAAAUACCAUUGUCGCUCUUGGCAAACCAUAUUUUUCCCUCAGCGGGUUAUAAGGUAUAUUAAAAUUGUGGGAACCCAUAAUACGGUCAACAGAAUGUUUCAUGUAGUGCAAGUGCAAGCCUUCUUCACUAAAAAGGAGUUCUCAAUUCAUCCCAAAUUUGGGCUGUUGUGCCCAAGAGAAAAUGUUGCCACAGUCGAAUUGAGUGCAUGUGUAAUCGAGGGAGUUUCACGUAGUAGAAAUGCUCUAAUUGAUGGAAAAACUGGAGGAUACGAUUGGGAUUCAGGAUAUACUUGUCAUCAAUUGGGCAGUGGGGCCAUUGUUGUGCAAUUAGCACAACCAUAUGUCGUUGCAUCAAUGAGGUUGUUACUUUGGGAUUGUGACGACAGGAGCUACAGCUACUAUAUUGAGGUGUCGACUAACCAAAGGAGUUGGGAAACGGUAUGCAAUAGGUCACGGGAAAAAUGCAAGUCGUGGCAAAUCAUCAGAUUUCCACCUAUUCCUGUGGUCUAUGUUCGCAUUGUCGGAACAGAUAAUACAGCUAACGAAGUAUUUCAUUGCGUCCACUUUGAAUGCCCUGCUCAAACUGACGAAGAAGUAAAAACGAAUAAUUGCGACCCAUCAGGGACUACUAAGGAAUCUGAUGCUAUCCCUGGUCCAAGUAGCGCCAUAAAGCAGGGAAUCCAUCCAACCGCGUCUUCCCUCCCUCAGUUACCGUCGCCCCCUUGUGUUGCACUUGUGGGGGUACAACAAAUUGCCGUGCCAAUCAAUCCUGAGCAUAAUUUUGAAGAGUCUUCUGACCAAGUUGAGGAAGUGCGUCCACAUGAAGAUCCUCUGAAUGAGAAUGAUUUGUUGAAUGAAUAAUUGAUUAAUAGUCAUGAAUUCGUUGCAUAAUUCUCGCGAUUUUUGAACCUCUAGUGAACAUUAUCGACAACCAUUUCUUGAUAAAUAACAUGCAUUACCUUUGUAGCCCACCACUACUAAUCUUCACAGGGUGUUUUUCACUGGAAUACAUUGUGUGCUUACUUGCUACUAGAAUUAAAUUUGAUUAGGUGAUUAAUUAUGUACCUGGAUGUGAAAUAAUUUUAUUUGGGAAUAGCUAUAAAUUAUUAUUGGCCAAUAAUUCGAUUCGAAGUAAUAUGACGCAUUUUUGGGCUGAUAUAUAUAGAUGUACAUACAUCAGAUAAAGAAUAGCCACUUGAUGUGUGCUUUUUUGACUCCCGGAUCAUGCACUCUAUGACUCUCACUGGAGGCAGGUUGAGAUUGGGGACUAUUAUUGGCCGACGGGCUUAUAAAAUUGCUCGCAGAUGCGGGCCACACUACUCGUACAUGUAUAAUAGUUGCGUCUUCUAGUUUAAAGACUGUGAUGGUGUUGCUUGAAUUGUCCCAAUAAUAUUAUGUAAAUCAUUCAGUAGCAUCCUAUUUAUUUAUUAUUAAUCCUUAUAAAACUUUAAAUUUCACAAAGUAUUACUAGUAAUAAAGACGGUAAAUUAA